UAGCUCUUAAAAAAAAAAAAAUCCUCCCUAAUUUUGCGAGGAAACAGCUGCGAAAACGUCUCUCCGCCCCGGAAGCGCGUCCAGGAGCCUGCGCUAUUUUGGCGCGCUUUUGAGAGUCCCUUCCCUUUUUGGCCGCGGGUCGCCGGUUUUGUAGCUAGUUUGUUUUUUUUUGCAGAACACACGCCUGCUCCUCUGGAGCCCGCUUGCCAUCCUCCUUCCCCUUCUACCCCGCUCCUUUACCAGAGAUGCGCACACGCGAGGAGGUGGACGCGACGCUGCAGAUAGCGAAGCUGAACCCCUCGGAGCUGCUCCCUACCGUGCACUGCCUGAGUUUUAGUCCCGGGGCCAGCGGUGCUACCGCCGGAGACUUCUGCCUGGUGGAACUGGAGCCGGCUCUCUGCCAGCAGCUGGAGGCGGGACACAGUCUUGUGAUCCGUGGUGACAAAGACGAACAGGCAGUGAUUUGCAGUAAAGAGAAAACUUAUGAUCUGAAAAUAGCAGAUACUUCAAAUAUGUUGCUUUUUAUCCCUGGUUGCAAAACUCCAGAUCAAAUAAAAAAGGAGGAAAUGCCAUCUGAUAUAAUUCACACUGAGAUCUUUGGUUUUGCAAACAAUUAUUGGGAAUUAAGAAGAUGUAGGCCAAAAUUAAAGAAACUGAAGAAACUUCUGAUGGAAAAUCCAUAUGAAGGACCUGAUGCUCAGAAAGAAAAGGAUUCAAAUCAUUCAAAAUACACAAUGGCAGACUUGCUUGAUCAAAUUCAGGCAAGUGAGGAGGAAAUCCUGGCCCAUUUACAAGCUCUUCAUGCCUGUGAAAUUGGAGGUUAUUGGAGGAGACUUGAAUUUGAUUAUGAGAUGAAACUUCUAAAUCAUAUAACCCAGCUUGUGGAUUCAGAAUCUUGGUCUUUUAAUAAAGUUCCUUUAACUGCUUGUCUUCAGGAACUUGGACCUUUGGAACCAGAGCAAAUGAUAGAACACUGCCUUGAAUGUUAUGGAAAGAAAUAUGUAAAUGAAGGCGAAGUUUAUUUUGAAUUGAAUACCGAUAAAAUAUGCAGAGCAACAGCACAGAUGCUAUUACAGAAUGCAGUGAGAUUCAAUCUCUCUGAAUUUCAGGAAGUGUGGCAACAAAGUGUUCCCGAAGGAAUGACAACUAGAAUGGAUCAGCUGAAGGGCUUAGCACUCAUGGAUAAAUACACUAGACCAGAGACUAUAUUUUUGCUAAAGGUAGAUGAUUUACCUGAAGAAAAUCAGGAAAGAUUCAAUAGCUUAUUCACUCUAAGGGAGAAGUGGACAGAAGAAGAUAUUGCACCAUAUAUUCAAGAUCUGUGUGCAGAGAAGCAAACAAUUGGUACAUUGCUCACAAAAUAUGCUCGUUCAUCGAUGCAGAAUGGGGUUAAAGUUUAUAAUUCUAGAAAACCUGUCUCUUAAAAGCCAAACAUCAUUUACUUUAGUUGUUGACUGUAAUUUUUGUGUUUGACCUGUUGAUAUUUUGUUUUUCUCUUUUAGCAAUAAUUGCUUAGGCUUUCUGUUUAUCAUCUAUUUCAGGGCCCAAUACUAUAUUUUUCAUUUCAGACCUUUGGGAUAUUUGUAUACUAUUAUAUCCUACCAUUUUAGGUAGUGUUAGAAACCCUGUAUACCAUUUUAUAUAUAUAAUAACAAAAAGAAAAUGAUAUUUUCCAUACUUAA